AUGACCGAAGUAAAUCCAGAAUCUGUUCCGGUGACCAAACCCACGGAUCCUUCGAAAAAAAUCAAGGAUCCACGCCGAGUCGAAGCGGGAAAAAGAUUGGCCAAAAUAAGUCAACAGGCCAAGGCUGCGAAAAAAGCAAAGGCCGAAGAAAAUUUAAAAGCGGAAGUUCGCGGGGAAUGUACGAAUGAAGGUUGA